UUAUACUCUUUGGCCCUUCUGGUUAGAUACCCAUGUGGACCCACCAUUUCACAAAGUGUGAGUUUCCUGGUCAAAAAUCGUGAAAAUUGAUUGAUGAGUAGCAAGCUAGUGAUGGCUUUAGGCUAUGUCCUUCUCUAAAUCCUCUGCAACCUUUACACACAUCACAUUUCAGCCAUGUCUUUUCAGAUUUUUUAUAAUAUCACGUGUCUUUCCCUACAGGGAGUGGUGUUGGAUGCAAGAGGGGAGAAAAUCAAACUGUACUCAGAAACAUUGGACAUACUGACUUCUCUACAUGACCAGGGGAUCCAGAUUGGAGUGGCAUCACGGUUAGUUCACAUUGGGAUCAACUGCAUGCUAUUUUAUUUUAUAAUCUGAUUAAAUAUCUAUGUAAAACUUGUUUAGACAAUGGUCAUUUCUGUUUUUAGCCUCUAGAUUGGUGAUUCUUUGAAAUAACAUGCCAGCAUUGUAAAUUAUUUAAAUGUUCUUUCUAUUCCUCAGCACAGGGGAGGUGGGUGGAGCCAAUCAGCUGUUGUCCCUCUUCAAUCUCAACCUAUACAUUUCCUUCAAGGAAAUA